CCUAUUUUAAGCUUGAGCAGCUGAUAUGACAGGCAGAAGCCUGUGUUUACUUCCCCAUCAGGUCCCAGGGGGAGCUGUACACAGGCCCCUCACAGCUUCUGCAGCAGCCACACACAGAGGACUCUGGUUCUAGGGAUGUCCAGUGACACUGGAGAAGGUAUGGUCUGGGGGUUUUGAGGAGCGGGGGAGAGAGUUGUAGAGAGCGUGUUGAAGUAGGGUUAAUCUUCUAGUCAUUGAGACAUGACUCUAGUACCUCUUUGGAGGGCCAGGCUGCAAAACUCGACCAGGAGAUCUGAUUCUCUUGCCUUUCUGGCAACAGGAGACCUGGGUCUCAAGCCAUGUCGCGAUGUUCAAAGGACAGAAGACAGCUCGUCUGUCACUGCCACCGGCACAGUGAGCAAUGAGGGUGACAGCUGGAAACUUUUGGCUGCUCUCGACUUUAUGUAGGUGUUGUGGGGGAAUUCUUGUCAAAGGACCUGAGCUUAUCCUGGCUGGUGGCUGUAGUUGGUGAGAAAUUCAAAGCAGAGGUUUGAGAGCAUAUUGCUGUAGCUGAACAGGUUCAAAAGAAUGAAACACAUUGUCCAUAAGAGCCUGAUCCUGGCGCAGGCAAGAGGGACGAGAAUUAUCUAGGUGCAAGCCUAUUUGGUUGUGAUUUAAGCCACAACUCUCCCCAUGCUUGCUAACUCUCUCAGACAUGGCUGAAACAAAAUUUUAAAAAAUCCCUUCCAGUAGCACCUUAGAGACCAACUAAGUUUGUUACUGGUAUGAGCUUUCGUGUGCAUGCACACUUCUUCAGACAUGGCUGAGUCACUCCUGCUGCCUUCGGUCCAAGUCAUGGAAGCCUGUCAUGUGCCGUCCAGUCAGAGUGACCGGCUCCUGACUCAGAGGCGGUGGCUGCUUAUUGAAGAGCCCGGUGCAAGCCCCAACACUAAGCCUCCCUCAUACCAUUUACUCACCGCAGUCCCAUUUGCUGCUUCAGGAAAGAUUCCACUUUUACCCAACCAUGUGGGCCUAUUUACUACUAUAACCUAGGGGUAGGAGUCACCCUUGUGGCGUGUUGCCUCUGUUGCUUCAGCAAUAAAACCUGCUUCAGCUGUAGGACUCUGCCCACGCAGCAGAAUAUACAGACCACAUAGGGUUUCAAAAUAAUACAAUUGUGGUGUUUUACAAGAGGACCUGCCCUUGAGUUGCCAAUAGAGGACAAUAGGACCUGAUUCACACAGACAAUUCCUUCUCAAUGCAAUGCAAAUUAAAGCAAUUAAAAAUUGCUUCCUGCUCACUCAGCGACAGUGAAGACAGAUGUCGCCCUAAAAUAGUUCUUUGCGUGCCUAUUCAAACACAUUGUUGCAUGAUGAUUGAAAUGUUGAAAGCAAGACUGCCCUAAAUUGUAGUUAGGAACAAAAGCUUUGUUCUGCUUCUUGGUAUUCCUUGCAUUCCACACUGUGGAAAUGAUACAUGGGUAAUAUGGAACUAGCAACUGAAGGGAACAUUGGAGAAAGGCCAAAGUUACAUUUUAAGAUCCUAUUUAACUCGAUUGCUGCAGGAAAUAUGAUGGGCCCUCAAAAUGUAGCUGGAUAGUUAAUGGACCCCAUCCAGCUCUAGCUGAGCUUGAUUGUAUGAGAACAUCACUCUCAGAUGUGAAUGUGUCUCCUUGUCGGAAUCAGAAACAUCCUCUAAGUUCAAUGAGAACCAGAUGAACAUUUGAACAUCAGUCAAAUAAACUUGUUACAAACUACUUUUAAAAGCAAAGGAAUUGGUGUUCAAAGAGAAAAAUACUUCCGGAGGCUGAGAUGUAAGUUAACUGCAUAAAAAUGGCAGUUUGCAACAUCCCACCAGAAUCUUUCUGCACAGUCUAGCAAAUAUGGCAGCAAGUGGGCCCAGUUUUAACUCAAACAGUACUGCCUGGACUGUUACCGUUUCAGGAAGGGGUAGCUCACAUGGCAGAAGACACAUCUGUGGUGGGCCUUCCUCCACACAGAAAGCUAGUUAUGUCAGUGAAAAGGAGCCCUUCUCCCUCACAUCUGGUUUUACCUUUUUCAUGGAGUCUUUCUGUAUGGAAGCGAACAAGCACAUAUAUGAUGCAUACAAGCACACACACACAGGAUGUGCAUCAUGUCACAAAUGCUUUUGCUGAGAUUCCUGCAUUGCAAUGGGUUGGACUAGAUGAUCCUCAGGGUACCUUCCAUCUCUACGGUUCUAUGAUUCUAUGCCCCUUGCAUUCAGAAGUGGUACAGCCCAGACAUAGGCACUAGUUUUUUACUGCUGAGGUAAAUCCAAGUCCCAUUAGCUUUGAACAGUGGCAGUAUCGUAGCCAAUAAGGUUAAUCCGAGGCACAAUUAUUACUAAUUGCCAACUUUUCCCAAUACCCUGCCAUGACAACUUGGAAAAUAUAUAUCACAAUCCAAGUCACAUUGAAGUAUAAUCCACAGCUAAAUGCUUUAUAUUCUUUGAUUCUGACACAACCAAAGCACUAUUUAGAAAAUCUCCACAUAUAGGGAUGAAGUGUCCCUCUUGCCAUCACAUGCCCAACUCUGACUACUGGUCCUGCUAACUAGGAAUGCUGGGAGAUGUAGUCCAAAAUUAUAUUUUGAAUUUUCAAAAUACCCGUUUUUAACUUGUCUUUUAUUGACAACUUUAGAAUUUUACUUUUUGUAAACCACUUAGACUAGAGGCUCUGUUUACAGCCAAGUAGUACAUAAAUGCUAUUAAAUAAAUAAAUGUUCAACUGUGUGUGACUAGGCAUCCCUCUACAGAUGUCUGCUUUCAACUCAUGGACAUAGGGAUCUGGGUUGGUGGGAUGUGAGGUAUUACAGGCAAGAUCAGGCAAUGUAGCCUGGCUCCUCCUGCCAUGCAAUUAUGUCUACGUGUAAUAGGCUUCCAACUUUCAUACAAAUGCCUCCCAUUUCAAUCCUCAGUUCAGUUCUUAUAGUCAUUCACCCUGAUUAUAAUAACCACUCCAUUUUACAACCGUAUUCAUAUUAUCAAUUAACAUGGUUGUUUGCUCCCUAACACAAUCUAAGGGCCGUGUUAUAGCAAUUAACAUCAUGUAGCAAUUUGGCCCACACACAAUGUUUUUAUUGAAAGGACCAUUCUUCUCCACUCAACCAAAGCAUUUUUAUGGUAGCCUUUUACAAUUCUACAAUUAACCUCUUUUAUUUUGAUUAAUUAACAUGGCAUUUUCUUUGUCUAGGCACUUGCGUAGUGUACAGCCCACCUAUUUCACCUAUAAAACGUGCUUAAAAAUGGCCAAAAAAAAAACAAAAACACCCGCAAAACUAAUUUCAGACAUGUAAUCUCAGCACAACUAAUUUUGGGUAAACGUGGAAGUGUAAGAACUUUUCCAGUGCUGCUACUGUGCCUUUAACAGAUGGUCAGCAAAGAGAAAUUCCACAACUGUGGCCUUUUUAUUCUGGCAGAGAAUCAGAGAGAAUGUCACUGUUGAAUUUCUGUCUUAGCCUGUAAUUAAAGGUAUUUUCCCUGUCUGGGAAAAGGUGACACUGCUGUGCUAAGUGUAAUUAGGCCGCGUUGUCCUUUGUGUCCUUGAAAGAUACGAUCCCAAAGUGCCUGUAAAUUUGAGCCAUGAUUUAGCUGGCAACACUUCUGUAAUCAGGGAAACAUUCCUGCUAAGGAUAAGGUUGCCAGCUUAGUCCUUUCCCCACCCUGGCAGAGUGUUGUUCUUUCAGCUACUAUUUAACAGGCAGUUGUUCCCCAGGCAAAGUUGUCUAUAUCUCCAGUUGGUAGAGCAUGAGACUCUUAAUCUCAAGGUUGUGGAUUCAAGCCCCACGUUGGGCAAAAGAUGUCUGCGUUGCAAUGGGCUGGACUAGAGAUUAUCUUCAUAGUCCCUUCCAAUUCUACAAUUCUCUGAUAGGCUUCACCUGUUGAAUGUUUACCUGUGUCACCAUUAAAGAGUUUGGGAAAGCACAAAGAAAGAAACACAAGCAAAUGAAUAAAAAGUCAGUAACUAGGAAGAACUAUAUGCGAAAGCAUAAAUCUGCUUUUCGAAAGGCAAGGAAUGACAGCCAGGUAGCAGUAGCAUCAACAUAUACAGCUCAGGCUUGCAGUUUCUGCAGCUUGACAAAUGAGCCUCUGGGUCAUAUGGUAUGUGUACAAUCAGGCCAUGGGAAGAGGCCAGUGGUUAUAUUAAGGUACAAGGGCUUAUUACAUAGGACAGCGGAGACUGUCCAGGAUUCCAUCCCUGCUAAAGAGGCACUGGAAAUCCUGUCCCUGGAUGUGCUGCUAAGCAGUUUAAAUGGGGAAGGGCAGAAACACAGCAAGGGUAAGUGGUGCAUAUUCUCUUAAGUGGCAGAAUCUGAAGUAUUAAAGUCGGGGGGGGGGCUCCAGCUGUCUCAGCCAAUUGGUAAUGGAAGAUGGUCUCAGGCUCACAAGAACCCGAGUGGGUGGGGGAUGUAAAUCUUUGCUAGUUACUGUCUCUCAGGGCCUCAUCUCACACAACAUGGGUAAAGGCAGAGCCGUCGCAUCAAACAUACCAGCAAGUGUAACAACAGAAAGCACACGGGAGCUCUAGAAAAAUGACUAGAGCAGCUCUAGAAAAAUGACAAUUGUUAAGAGAACCGAUAACGGGGAGGGGCUUCUUUGGUAUCUACCAAAAAGACUUGGUAGGAUGGUGGAGAGAGUGAAUGGAGACUGGAGAGUGGGGGAAGGGAAGCUCUUAUCCCCCUGCACUAGCAGAGCAUCAGGUCUUUUCUAGGAAAGCCUUAUUUCUUACUGAAGAAAAUAGCAGUGACGCACUCCCACCUCUCAUAUGCCAAACCACUCUUUCCCGUGCAGACACCAUGGUGAAGGAUGCUGCUUCCUCCGACAGGGAACUCAUUGAAAAUGGCAUGGCAGAAAUAAACUUGCACGCGGUAGAGUCCAUCAGUGACCUGCAUUAUGCAUCUGGCGGACGUGAGAGUGGCAGGGUCUCAGAAGGUAUGUAGUACCCAGCACCCCGAGUUGAACUCAAGCAACCUCAUGAGUGCCCAGAGUAACUAAACCGCAGUUCAGCAGUAGGAAGAAGAGCCCAGACCAGUAAUGAGCUUUCCCCAUGAAAACAGGACACUGUGAGCUGAGCUGGCGCUGGCUAUUACAUGGGCUAAUAUGGGUGGGGAAACUUUUUCAGCCCAAAGGCCACAUUUCCUCAUGGGCAACCAGCAGGCGGUGCACAGGGCGAGAGUGGCAGAGGCAGAAGUGGGCAGAGCAGAGGAUGCGACUCUUACCUGUGUAAAGCAGGCUAUAUUCCAGUCUUGCAGAAGUCAGAGGUUUCGACACCUCCUCUCACACACCUCUCAGUCCUUUGAUCCAGGUAAGCAAGGCAUUGACAACAGUUCAAGGACACAAGAUAAAAGAACUUGAGGAACCUAUGAGGGCUGUGGCCUGGGGAAAGCCCCAAGUGUCAGCCAGAGGUCUAAGGGGGCAGUUUGAGGCCCUAGACAUGAGCCCCCCCCAGCCUAAUAUAAAUCAACAGUGGCUGCUUCCCUACUCCUGCUCAUUCCUCUCUCUCUCCAUCCUUCUUUUCCAGGGGGCAGCCCAUCUCAGCCCAGCAGCCCAUGGACUCCUCACAGCACUUCCUCCAAACAUUUCACUUUCCCAAACGAAGAGGACACGUCCUUUCUACCUGUCCAGAAUCUCCAUCUCCUCCCUGCUUUCACCUGCUGCCCUUGCUUCAGUCCGACAUGUUGCCCUGCAAGCUUCUUUGCUCUCCUCGGGGUGCUCGUAGUGGCCAGCCUUGGCCUAGCCACAUUGGCCGUGUAUCUGAGUGGUAGGUUCAGGGUCUGGUGGGCCAUUCUUGACAAUAAGGAGCUCCUGGUGGGAACUGGUACCUUCCACCAUGGGGGCCAGGGAAGAGGGUGGCUCUGUGGGACCCAAGUACUUUCAUCUGGCCAGUCCCAGGUAACAGACCGUAUGCAAGAUGAAACGUGGGUGGUAGGAAACUGAGGACCUAUCAUGCCCCAUAGUGGUUCUUCUGGGCAAUGCAGGAGAAAGUACCAUAAAACAGGUAAGUUAUUUGGGCAUCCACUGAAAAACAUAGGCUUAAAACAGUAGCUCAAACGGCACCCCAUUCUGUGGAAUCCACAGCACUUUCUGUCAAAUUUCCAAAUGCAUAUAUACACCACAGAUCCUGAGCCAUUACUUUGUGGGGUACAGAAUCCAGCCUGUUCCCCUUGGGCACUUGAAUUCUCACCCAUCCACUUCUAAGGAUGCAGCUGUUGUAAACUUAUUGUUCUCACAUCCAGCUUUCCAGGAAGCUAUACCUCAGCUUACAUUUUGCGAAGGGUCUGCCACAGAUGUGACCUAAGGACAUGCUAAAAAGCAGUAUCCCCAGACUGAAACGGAUUAUGCCGAAGUCCAGUGUGAAGUACUCUUGACCAAUGCAAUAGGAAGUUUUUCCAAACCACCCUUUAGUUACCAGAGGACUGCUGCCCCUCAGCUAGUGGGCCUUAGAAUUUGCAGGGGGGUGGACGAGAGGACUCUUGGGGUCCCUUGAUGGCACCACAAUUGACCAUGUAGUCCAGCCCUCGGCUUAUGCAGGAAAACCACUACAGCAUCCCUACAAAGUGGCUGUUGAUGAAGGAGUCUGUCACCAGAAUUAUUUAUUAAUUUUAUAUACCACCCUUCAUCUGAGGAUAUUAGGGCUGUUUACAGAUCACCUGAACAGGAAGUAUGAUAUUGAGUUAUUUAUUGAGGUCCAAUAAUAAUAAUAUAAACCAAAGUAUGUAAUCUCCAGCAUUAGGAUUGUCCUCUGUGGCCUCUGGAUUUGGGGGAAUCCUCUCUAUGUAAUGGGGUCCCUCAAACUCAACCAGAGAACGAGUUUGCUCCCUCACCGCUCUGGUGACGGCUCCCAUAGUGCUGCUUCAUCAACAUUCUGUCUGUAAAAUAUUUCAGACAAUUUAUAUUGGCAGAAGAGCUCCUCAGUUCGCUCUUAGCAAGGCAACGUACGAGUCUGAUGUGCCUGGUGGUAAACUGCUCUUGAGAAUGAGUGUCAAAAUGGUGAAAGUUACAGUGCCUGCGAUACAUUUCUUCAAAUAAUAAAACGGAGAGGCUGUUUAGUCACGUGGUUUCUGCUUCUCCUCUCUGCAGUCUUGCAGCGUGAGUCACUGCGUGUCCUUGCCCAGUGGCUGGAGUCCCAGGAGGAGGCCAUCCGAGAAAUGAGAGCUGUGAGCUUACAGCUAUGGAGGCAGCUAAAUGCCAGCGAUUCAGGAUUUCAAACCUGAGAGAGUCCUACCUUUCAACCCCCCGCAAACAUUUUCUUUGGGGAGCCGGAUGGGAAAAUUGACUCACCGCUUGGCACGUUGAGGACGGACAUGUGUUGGUCUAGACUAUGCAAACCUUUAAGCAACCUACCCCAACUCACUGGUGGGGUGCUGCCGAGGUUGAUGUGCCCUAUGGGCAGCACUGGCUGCAGGACUGGAAUCUGCCUGAAGAGAGGAGGGACAGGAAGAUACUGAUGCAGAGGGCCUUUCCUCAGCGCCUCAGAUACUCUUUUGCUUUUAUUUGAGCACUAUUUUCAGUACCUUAUUUGCACUAUGUUGCUCUACUUUAUACCCACCUUUUAAGCGUUGCCCAUGGGGCACCUUUGCAGAAAUGUUUUAAUAAAUGAUGAUGAAACUCACAGGCUUCCUUUGCCAAGCUGUGCUUCUCUCUUCAGCUGAUCAGCACUAAAAUCUGCCCAGGCUCUAUCUGGUGAAGAGGGACCGUCGGCCUACAAACUAGGCUUGGAGCAGAGCAGAAGGAACCCUUGUGUUCUAUCAGGCUGCUAAAACGGAAGCAGCUCGAAUUACCCGUGUCAAACCUCUCUGCAGCCAUAAUACCUUGCUUUUGUUGAACAAUUACAUGUAAAUGUGACAUAUGAGCAUGCCCUUUCCUUAAUUAGUGCCUAAUUCCCCCCCACUUGACAGUGCACAGGAUUCCCGAUACUCGUUUUCCAAGACCGUUUCUGAAGGAAAAAAUGGGUGUAUGGUCCCAAUCUGUUCUUCGAGGCAGCUAGAUUUUAUUUUAAAACAAAAAGGGAUAGCUGAAAUUAUCCGAAUUCUACACUCUGAUUCUAACUACAGUCAUAGCAAUGCAGACAUAUAGACUCCCUGCUUUGAUGCACCAGCCCCAAAGUUCACAACUGAACCUGGAGUAAAAAGAAUGGCAGGAAGCCAGCAGCAGAAUCCCAGGUGGCCCAACCACAAGAGUUAGGACAACCCUGCAGUUUGGCACUAGGCAAGGGCAAAUCCUCUUGAGCAAUUGCUUUCUGGGAACAACUACGCAAGAUGUCUUGCGAUAUGGGGGUACAUAUCACAUGGUAAGUACUGUAAGUCGCUUGGAGACCUUCAGAUCGCAAGUGACUAACAAACCUAAUAAAUAAUAAUGCAUGAAUUCAUUGUACAGAUCUGCACAACUCAGCUGGAGUCGGAGAACGUAUGGGAUGGAAAGGCACGGCACAACUCCUGAGCUGCAGGACGCACAACAGGACACCCCUGGUUAAUUCUGCAAAUAUCUAUGAAGCUUGCAACUCUUGAACCCCCAGACAUAAGUUCUAUGCCCAUACACCACUGCUGAUGAGGUCAUGUUGAUAGGAAUAUGGCUUUUUACCUACCACUUUAUGUUUAACAUUUUCUCUUGAUUUAAAGCCAAAUAGGCCAACGUGGACAUUUUCUGCUGACAACACUAUGAAAAUGAGGCAAUGUGUUUCAGAGAUCAACAGAGAAAGGUACCAGGAGAUAACACGUACUUUCCAUUAACUUUGCUCUGUGACGAUGAUGUGCUAUGUCUCCAGUCUGGACAGCAAAGGUUUGAAGCU